AUGACUGCCAGCAAAAAACCUGGGAACCGAGAAUGCAAUCAUCCUUGUAAAAAUAAACAUACAUGUGGACAUGACUGCUGUAAAAUUGGAGUUGCACAGAAGUCAGAAAUUAAAGAGUCAACAAUUUCUUCAUAUUUAUCUGAUUUAAGAAACAGGAAUGCUGUUUCAUCUGUUCCUCCAGUUAAACGUCUGAAGAUACAGAUGAAUAAAUCUCAAAGUGUGGACCUUAAAGAGUUUGGUUUUACUCCAAAACCUUCCCUUCCUAGUAUAUCGAGAUCAGAAUAUUUAAACAUAUCUGAAUUACCUAUAAUGGAGCAGUGGGAUCAGCCUGAAAUCUAUGGAAAAGUUAGACAAGAACCAUCUGAAUAUCAAGACAAAG